AUGAACCGGCCGCGAGAUCGUCCGUCGAUGCCACCGGCUCCGCUAAUUGGUCGCAGCCGACGAGGGAAGGGCAAUUCGAGUCUGCAUGUGUCUCUGGAAACAGUUGUUGCAGCAACGAACAGUCGCUUUUGGUGCCGAAAUGCGACCAUUACGAAGACUCAUAGUGGAAUCUUGCAGUGGAUCAUUGUGAAUCUGUUCAUCUCGAUGACUUACUCUGGCGCAGGAUCGGGAACGUUGGAAGCACUGUCUGACGUGUCUGCCUCCCCGAAAAGAGAAGAGGCGAUGGAAGAUGAAGAUGAAUGGUUCCGAUGUGCUCGUUUCGACUACUUUUAUAGUUUGCAGAACAUAUCGUUUUGUGGAGCGCACCCAAAGCAGCUCAGGUACUUUGGAUUCAUCACCAAGCAUCCUCUGCUGCCUCUGUUCGCCUGCCACGUUUUCAUGUCCAAAUCGAGCACGCAGCCGGUGGUCGACGCAGUCGGAGCUUUCGACCGGUCUUACAACGAAUACAUGGCGUUUUCCCACCCGACCGAAGAUAUUUACAUUGAAUGA